AGAACGUGCUGUGACUACAGCAAACGACAGGUCUCGACUGAAUGAAGUCAGCUGACUUUUCUCGUUCCUCACGUCUCAUCUCACCAAAGGAUCUGGACACAGGACUGUCUCGGUUUUUGAGACACAUUCAAAAUGGACUUCUCCAAGCUUCCCAAGAUCCGAGAUGAGGAGCAGGAGGGACAAUUUGGAUAUGUGCACGGCGUAUCUGGACCUGUGGUGACGGCCUCCAGUAUGGCAGGAGCUGCCAUGUACGAGUUGGUACGAGUGGGCCACAGUGAGCUUGUGGGGGAGAUCAUUAGACUGGAGGGUGACAUGGCCACCGUUCAGGUCUAUGAAGAGACAUCUGGUGUGUCGGUUGGUGACCCUGUCCUGCGCACAGGGAAGCCCCUCUCUGUGGAGUUAGGACCAGGAAUCAUGGGCUCCAUCUUUGAUGGUAUUCAGCGUCCCCUCAAAGACAUCAAUGACCUCACACAAAGUAUCUACAUUCCUAGAGGAGUCAACAUUGGUGCCCUUAAUCGUGAUCUGAAAUGGGAGUUCUCUCCAUCCAAGAGUGUGCGAGUUGGCAGUCAUGUCACUGGAGGUGAUAUCUAUGGUAUGGUGUUUGAAAACUCUCUUAUUAAACACAAAAUAAUGUUACCACCAAGAAGCCGAGGAACUGUCACAUACGUAGCACCAGCUGGAAACUACGAUGUCUCUGAUGUGGUGUUGGAGUUGGAGUUUGAGGGGGUAAAAGAAAGAUACACCAUGGUGCAAGUGUGGCCCGUGCGUCAGGUCCGGCCAGUCACAGAGAAACUUCCUGCGAAUCACCCUCUGCUGACUGGUCAGCGGGUACUGGACGCCCUCUUUCCGUGUGUGCAGGGAGGAACCACAGCCAUCCCUGGUGCUUUCGGUUGUGGUAAAACUGUGAUCUCUCAGUCCCUGUCUAAGUACUCCAACAGUGAUGUCAUUAUCUAUGUAGGCUGUGGAGAGCGUGGUAACGAGAUGUCUGAAGUACUCCGAGAUUUCCCUGAGCUCACCAUGGAGGUGGAUGGGAAAGUGGAGAGCAUCAUGAAGAGAACAGCCUUGGUUGCCAACACAUCCAACAUGCCGGUGGCUGCCAGAGAAGCUUCCAUUUACACAGGAAUCACGCUGUCUGAGUAUUUCAGGGACAUGGGCUACAAUGUGAGCAUGAUGGCUGACUCCACCUCUCGAUGGGCAGAGGCUCUGAGGGAGAUCUCUGGUCGUCUGGCUGAGAUGCCUGCUGAUAGCGGUUAUCCUGCCUAUCUCGGAGCACGUCUGGCCUCAUUUUAUGAGCGUGCUGGUCGAGUUAAAUGUCUUGGUAACCCAGAGAGAGAGGGCAGUGUGAGCAUCGUGGGAGCUGUGUCUCCCCCUGGUGGUGAUUUCUCAGAUCCUGUGACAUCUGCUACUCUUGGUAUUGUACAAGUGUUUUGGGGUCUGGAUAAAAAGCUGGCUCAGAGAAAGCACUUCCCUUCAGUGAACUGGCUCAUCAGUUACAGUAAGUACACACGAGCACUGGACGAGUACUACGACAAGCACUUCCCUGAAUUUGUGCCGCUGCGUACCAAAGCCAAAGAGAUCCUGCAGGAAGAGGAAGACUUGGCCGAGAUUGUGCAGCUCGUGGGGAAGGCAUCAUUGGCUGAAACGGAUAAGAUCACGCUGGAAGUUGCCAAAUUAAUCAAAGAUGAUUUCCUGCAGCAAAAUGGAUACACGCCUUAUGACAGGUUCUGUCCAUUCUAUAAGACAGUGGGUAUCUUGUCCAACAUGAUUGCGUUCUAUGAUAUGGCACGUCAUGCCGUAGAGACCACUGCACAGAGCGACAAUAAGAUCACCUGGGCCAUGAUCCGGGAGCACAUGGGAGAAAUUCUGUACAAGAUCAGUUCCAUGAAAUUCAAGGACCCAGUGAAAGAGGGUGAGGAGAAGAUCAAAGCUGAUUAUGCCCAGCUCCAUGAAGACAUGCAGAACUCCUUCCGUACACUGGAAGACUAA